AUGUCGACAACCGAUGAAUCACCGGCCCAGAGAGCCGCUCGUCAACGGCGUGAGCGCCGUGAGGCCAAAAUCAGGGAGGGAGGCUCCGCGCGUCUGGACAAGAUCACCAGUCUAAGCGGUCGCACCCCGCAAUCAGAUCGCGAGGAAGCGUCACCCUCUCCUCAGCCCUCCCAAGCCGCUGUCUCCCCCUCUCCUCCCCCAUUCCAGAAUAGCCAUCCAUCCAUGCAGGACCAGCAGUCCUUAGAGGCUCUCCAGGCACAGCAGGAUGCCUUCCGCGCGAUGCUCAGACAAGCGGCGCCUGCAGUUGAGCAGAACCAAGAUGCCGAUGCCAAUGACAUGGAGGACCCAACUCUCAAGCUUCUCAACUCCCUCAUGAACGGCAUGCCCAUGCCCGGUAUGCCUAGUGACCCCAACGCGCCUCCACCACCACCAGGGUCCGGCGGUAUGCCAGCCCAAGGAGAAGGUGGACCUGGAUUCUCGACUGCAGCGCUUCUCGCGUCCUCUCUGGGCGUGCCGCCCUUCCUUGCAAACUUGAUCGGCGGAGCCUUACAGACAACGGAGGAAGACCCCAAGAGUGUGCGGACAUGGAAGACACUACACAUCACCUUUGCGUUGGGAGUGGCUUUCUACCUUCUGUUUAUCAUUGCAUCAUCUAUUGCAGUAUUCGGCAGCCCACCCCCGAAGCCCGCCACAAUCCAGAAUCCGUUUAUGAUUUUCGUUACAGGCGAGUUGCUUUUAUGCAGUGGGCGGGUCUUGAUUGGUGGCCAGAAAGGGGUGCGGUCAGCCAUGAAGAUUGGCAAGGAUGUUAUUCGUGAUGGUAGCCUGGUUAUUUUUGCGUUGGGUUUGGGGAGCUGGUACACUCGUGGGUGGCAAACUACUGGUGGCUACUAG